CUAAAACAUAAUACAGUGCAAACAAACCAAACCAACCACCCACAGAUAACAGUACAUACAAGCAAGCGUCGUCAGGCAGGCUGGGUCAAUAUCAAUAGGGCAGGUAGGUACAGGGGGAGCAAGCGGAGAUGGGUCGGGGUCACAGGCCAGGUUCAGCAGGUAGCAAGCAGCGUGGUACAGAGGGUCAGGCAGAGGGAUGGUCAGGAGCGAGCCGGGAUCAGAGCAGGAGAAGUCAGCAGCGGUUCAGAUCAGGCAGGGUCAGCAAAGGAACAGAAACAGGAUGCAGGACAGAUACAGGGCCCAGGACAAACACAACACCAAGGCAGAGUCUGCAAGUCUGGCCAU